CUACGUCUGCGUGGAGGCACUCGACCGGCUAUAUAAACACUUUACAUCAAAUGUGCCGUGUUUCCCCCAGGAAGCCCGGAGAAUACAACGUACGUCGCAUUAUGCGCACCGGCACUUGAAACGCGCCCCGCCGGCUGUCCGGCACUGACAUGGCCAUCCCAGCCAGAUAUGUACCUGGCAUCGACGGACCACGUUCCUCCGAGGACAGGAUCGUCAGUUAUCACGUUUGUUCGGGUUAAAGUUGAAACGGACAUAUAAACAGGCGUCAUGCCCGGGAUGACGAGCAUCGGAUCACCGCCUCUGCAUCCUCCACUGGCACCGUCACGACACACACACCAUAUACACAGAAGACACCAUGAAGACUCUCGCGUGGGCAUCUACCCUCUUGGGCCUGGCCGCGGCCGCCCAGCUGCAGCAGGUCUCCAACUUUGGCUCCAACCCGUCCAACGUGCGCAUGUACGUCUACAAGCCCGACAACCUGCCGGCCAACCCACCUCUCAUCGUCGCCGUGCACUACUGCACCGGCACCGCCCAGGCCUACUACGGCGGCACCCAGUACGCCAACCUGGCCGACCAGCAUGGCUUCAUCGUCGUCUACCCCGAGUCGCCGUACAGCGGGGGCUGCUGGGACGUCAGCUCCGACGCGACCCUCACGCACGAGGGUGGCGGUGACAGCCAGGGUAUCGCCAGCAUGGUCAAGUACUCCAUCAGCCAGUACGGCGUGGACGCCAGCCGCGUCUUUGUAACGGGCAGCAGCUCAGGCGCCAUGAUGACCAACGUCAUGGCCGCCACGUACCCAGACCUCUUCCAGGCCGGCUCCGUCUACUCCGGUGUCCCGGCCGGCUGCUUCUACACGGGCACCGUCAACGGCUGGAACUCGACCUGCUCCGGGGGCCACUCCAUCGCCACGCCGGAGCAGUGGGCCUCGGUCGUCCAUGACAUGUACCCGGGCUACCAGGGCGAGUAUCCCCGGAUGACCAUCUACCACGGCGACGCGGACACGACGCUCUACCCGCAGAACUAUGAAGAGACGAUCAAGCAGUGGGCGGGCGUCUUCGGGUACGAUCCCAACUCCCCCAUCGAGACGGACCCCAACGACCCGGCUCCGCCCUUCACCAAGAGGGUGUACGGGGACAAGCUCGUGGGCGCCCUGGGCGCGGGCGUGACGCACAACACCCCCCACUUUGAGCAAGAGGAUCUGGAGUGGUUUGGCAUCGUUUAGGGGCCGUACUCCGUAGUUAGGCAGUCAAAGCUUAGCCGUAUCUUCUGCAUCAUCCGUUUUGGCUUGUCUUCAGCGUGAACAUAGUUCUCAUGUGCCUGACGAUACGUGUACCUAGGGCUGAUCGCCUGGUGCAGCUUGCCUUGGCGGCGAACGCCAUUGUGCGUUUGCUUGAAUGUGCUGUAGGCUCACAGAGCAGUGUGAAUGAAUUCGGAUCAAAUGAGAGGCAUUAUUCUUACGAUCGAAGCGUACAUAGCAUGGCUCUUGAAGUGUUGAUGUAGUCGACAUGGAUGUAGUGUUCUCG